CUUUCACUCUUUUUCUUCUGCAUAACUCUUAACUAAAUAGCAACAAAUCCUUCUACACAGCAAAUUAAAAUCAUGUCUCAUAUGAUUAAUGAUUCAGCAACCAUAAAACUUUUCGGUACAACCAUUUUUCUGACACACAACAUCUAUGUCUCUACCAAUGAUUCUUCCUCUUCUCCUCCUCAUGAAGAUUUCUCUGAUCAUAGUCUUCAUUCAUCUGUAUCUUCAUCUUCUUCACUUGAUGAGGUCUCACAACAAAGCAUACAGGAUUUAAACACUCCCUCAGCUGAAACAGAAGCUUCACAACAGAAUUUCACUAAACUUGAUGAACAAAGUGAUGUGUCACAAGACAAAUCUCCAAAGAAACCAGACAUUAUUGUUCCAUGUCCAAGAUGCAAAAGCAUGGACACAAAGUUUUGCUACUACAACAACUACAACGUCAAACAGCCCCGGCACUUCUGCAAAAACUGCCAGAGAUACUGGACUUCCGGAGGAACCGCCAGAAAGAUGCUUGUAGGAGCAGGUCGCCGUAAGAACAAAGUCACUUCUAAUUUUUCUUUUAAAGUCUCGCAUUAUCCUCAAAUGAGUACUGUCUUGACCUUUGGAUCAAAUUCUUCUGAUAUCUCCUCAACUUUACCGAACAAAAAACUGAAAGUUGGAUCACAGUUUCCAUGGAACCCUGCAAUGUGUUAUCCUGUGUCACUUCCCAAUAUAGCAUACUUAGGUGGCGUUUUGCAACCAUUAUGGAAUGUACAGUCUGUGCCAACACAAUCUUGUGGCCCAAGUAAACCUACAUUAGGGAAACAUUCAAGAGACGGAGACAUGAUCAAUCAUUCCAACUCAGAGAAAGAAAAGCUUGGAUUAGAAAGCAACAACAAAGAAGUGUUGAUUCCUACUUUACUGAGAUUUGAUGACCCUAAUGAUGUUGCUAAGAGUUCUAUAUGGUCAACAUUAGGAAUCAAGAACGGGGGAGAAAUUUUCAAGGGAUUUGGAUCUAACUGUGACAAGAAGAAUCAUGCGGUUGAUGCAUCUUCAUCAGUAUUGAAAGCUAACCCUGCAGCUUUAUCAAGGUCUAUUGUGUUCCACGAGAGAAUUUGAUUGUGUAUACAUAAAACCAAUACCUAUUGAAGAUGUGUCCAGUGUCCCACUCCAAGGUGUAUCAGAGUUUGACAAAUAGAUUUAUAAGAUUCCAAAAUAUUUCUUCAUGUAAUUCAGAAUUAGAUGACUUUGUUGAGUAAAUAUAUUUGUACAUAGUAUGUAUG